CAUUGUUAGCCGGAGGAGGAGAGAAUAGUCAAUUGCCCAAUCAAGAACAAGAACAACAACAACAACAAGAACAUCAUCAUCAUCAUCAUCAUCAUCAUCAUCUUGUCCUAUCUAUCUACUCUCAAACAACCAUCCAAUACUGUUUGAUAGAUUUCCAUUUUUGUUUCUUUGAAUCCUCGUAUGUUAUGGGUUCUUCUUGUAAAUAUGUAAUCUUUUUGUUGAUGUUGUUAUGUAUUACAACCCUACAACUUGUAUCGUCGUCUUCUUCUUCUUCCCUUGUCUGCCCUCACCAAUCCGAUUUGUUCCGUGUUACUCUUCUUCAAUCUCAAUGCCCCAUCUCAAUCUCUCCCUACCCACCUCUCCAGGUGGAUGGAAACUUCAUUGACAGAGUUUUGUCAUCAAAACGGAAUUCUGGUUAUACAUCUAUACUUUUCUAUGCAUCUUGGUGCCCAUUUUCACGCAGGUUGAUACCUAGUUUUGAAAUGCUUAGCUUCAUGUUCCCUCAAGUGGAGCAUUUGGCAGUUGAGCAGUCUUCAGCCUUCCCAAGUGUAUUCUCAAGAUAUGGAAUCCCUAGCUUCCCUUCUAUUCUAAUAGUCAACCAGACGUCAAGGGUGCGAUAUCAUGGUCCAAAAGAUCUCAUGUCCCUUGUACAAUUUUACCAGAAAAUCACAAGACUUGAGCCGGUUCAAUAUUAUUAUCAUGAUCAAUCCCUCAGUCUUGAACAUGGUGAAAAGACAAUCCGAUCAAUGAAUAACCUGCCUUCACUAAGAGAGAUAUCAAGGAUGGAACCGUAUUUAGUUUUCGCUACAUUGUUUCUCUGUCUUCGGGUACUUCUACACAUACUGCCUAAGGCAUUGACUCACCUGAAAGCUUUCUGGGUUCUAUACAUUCCUCAUUUCAAUGUGGGAAUCUUUGGAGAGACAAGUCAAAUUAUGGGGCGUAUCCUCCACAUGGUUGAUGUUAGGAGGAUUUGGAAUAAGCUGAGAUUAUGCAAGACCAGGAAUUUCCACGAAGGUGCAAAGAAUGCUAGGGUUUGGGCUUCUUCCCUGACUUCAGUCUCGUUGGGUGAAUCCUCAUCUGCUAGAUCAUCGUCAUUUUAACUGCAGACCUCACAAUCUUGUACAAGCCAAAUCAAGGGGUAGAGAAGAGCCACUCUGUGAGACUUUUGGAGGCAGGUAGUUCUCUCCCUUGCUCACCAUAUUUACUAGUAAUGAUAGUUGAAGCUGUUGUCCUUGUUUGAGUUGGGUUUUUGGGAAAGCAAACAAAGUGAUGUAAAUUUGAGAAUACUGUGGUUUUUGUAAAGGCUUAACAAAAUUACUUAAUGAGUUACCACCGGAAUGAAAUGUCAACUUCUCUCCCAUAAGUGUGCGGAUAGAGGAAUAGCUUUAAACCUUGAAGUGAAGCAUCCUAGCUUAAGGAAUUACAAAGGAUAAGGCUUAUGUAAUUGUUAGUGUGGAACCUACCAGCAAGAUUACCAUGAGUUACAGCUCUUAUACCUUGUCUAUAAUGCCAGACCUGCUUACCAGUCAGAAAGCUCUGAUAACAUUGUUCAGAAUGCCAAACCUACAUUUGUCCUGAAAGC